GAUUAUCAUAUCUGUAGUGCCCUUCCUCGCUUCUCCUCUCUCUCUCUCUCUGGCCUUUUGCCCUAAAAGAGGCUGCCAUUUCCUUCAUAAAUUUUGCUUGGAGCAAUCUUUUCGGACCCCAACUCUGAAAGAGUGAGAGAUAGAUAGGUAGAGACUGCUACAAUCCAUACUGGGUUUUUGUUCUUCUGUGCUCUUGAAAUAAAAAAGCAUUCUUUGUUUUUCGAUUGUUUGAUACAAAAAGGAAAAAGAAAAACAGUUCUUUUUCCAAGUCACAUCUGUAUUUGCUAGAACACCUUAAAAAAUCGCGGUUUAAUCGCGCCAUUUUCAGUGUAAUGAACUUUAUUGCUUAGAUACAGUACAGAAAAAACGAAAGAGAUUGUCAUUUCCGGGGAGGUUUAAAAUGGCACCGAGUUUUGAAUGUGCGGUUUCAAGCCUUCUGUGUGCUGAGGAUAAUAAUAUGGUUUUCGAUGAUAACGAUUGUUAUCGUGCUGUGGUUGAGCUGUUUGAGGCCACAUGGCAUCAUAAGAAUCAUCAAAUCUACUGUAAAGACAGAGCCUUUGUUGGUGGUGGAGACGGUGAGUUGCCAAUGCAGAGUAAGGAGUGUUUGGCUUUGAUGGUUGAAAAAGAGUGCCAACAUUUGCCAAAUGUGGAUUACUUAAAGAGGCUGAGGAGGGGGGACUUGGACUUGGAGGCCAGAAAAGAGGCAAUCGAUUGGAUAGGAAAGGUUCAUGCCCAUUUUGGUUUUGGACCUCUUUGUGCAUAUUUAUCAAUAAAUUACUUGGAUAGAUUUCUCUCUGCUUACAAACUUCCUAAGGGUAAAGCUUGGAUGAUCCAGUUAUUGGCCGUGGCAUGUUUAUCUCUCGCAGCCAAAAUGGAGGAGACUGAAGUUCCACAUUCUCUAGAUUUACAGGUUGGUGAAUCAAAAUUUGUAUUUGAAGCAAGAACUAUCCAAAGAAUGGAGCUUCUUGUGCUCAGAACCUUGAGCUGGAGAAUGCAAGCUAUUACACCUUUCUCCUUCAUAGACCAAUUCCUUGACAAGAUCAAUAAUGAUGAAACCCCACCUAGAUCUUUAAUCUGGCAAUCAAUCCAGCUCAUAUUAAGCACAACUAGAGGGAUCGAAUUCUUGGAAUUUAGGCCUUCUGAGAUUGCAGCUGCUGUGGCCAUAGCUGUUGUGGGGGAAAUCAAAACGGUGGACGCUGAGCAAGCAAUUCCUGUGCUCUCUCAACAUGUAGAAAAGGAGAGAGUGCUGAAAUGUAUUCAAGUAAUUCAUGAAAUGUCAUUGAUCGGUGGGUAUGCUAAUAAUGGAAAUGCUUCAAUCCUAUAUGUGCCGCAGAGUCCAAUUGGGGUGUUAGAUGCUGCAUGCUUGAGCUAUAGAAGUGAUGACACAACUGUUGGGUUAUGUGCAAAUUCUUCACAAAAUACUCCUGAUGCCAAAAGGAGAAAGCUCAAUGGACAAUGGGAACUGUAGGAUGUAGCAAAGGAAGUUGGAGGACAUUUUUGAAAUUUUCUUUUUUUCAAAUGCCUAAGAAAAUUUGAAGGGAAAAAAAACCAUAGGCAGAGGAAAGGGCAGAGAGGAAAAGCAGAUUAAAUGGGAAAUAUGCAGAAAAAGAAUUUUAAUAAGUUGAGUCAUGGCUGGAGAGAGGCAGAAUGAGAUGGAAAAAAAUGUUUCAUGCACUUGGCAUGAAAAUAAGUCAGCUGUUAAAUAUGACAACUCCUAACAGCUACAUACAAGUAGAGAGAAGGAGAUAUUGGUUAAAUUUCUUUUUAUUUAUUUAUUUUUGUGUGUUUGUGAGACAACUUUUAGGGUUUGGAAUUUUUCAUUAGGUAAAAGAAAAUUUUCCAAAAAAUAGAAGAGAGAAAGGAGGGGAAAAAAGAGAAUAGUGUGAGACAUAUGUAACUUUUGCAGGAAUUUUUCAAUUGAAAAUUAUUGUUGAGUUUGUUUGAACA